ACGCGGAGAGCUUGGCGGAGGCCCGCACCACCCAGUGGAACCCUCCACGUCAGCCCGUCUGGCAGUAGUUGUACAGGCGCCGCACCGUGGGCAUCUCGAUACUCGCCGGUGUGGACGAGACCCCUCACGCACUCGUCACUACACCCUAGUCCAGACCGACGGCGGGAGCUGCAAAAGCGAAUAUCGUCACGAUGUCGAACAUCGCGCAUCCCACCACCGUACUUCUGCUGCUGCUUGUUGCGGCGGCCGCAGCAGAGCCCCGCGAGUGCGGUCCCUGCGACCUGGACCGGUGUGAGCCCCCUCGGGGCCAGUGCCUGUCCGGCAUCGUGCAGGACGCGUGCGGCUGCUGCAUGGUGUGCGGUCAGCGCGAGGGUCAGCGCUGCUACCACCGCUCGGUCAAGGGCUCCCUGGCCGACGGGCCCUGCGGCGAGGACCUCGAGUGCCGCCUUCGGCGCGACAUGGCGCCCGGAGACCCCGCCGAAGCCCUGUGCAUCUGCUCGCGGCCGGAGCCCGUGUGCGGCUCGGACGGCGUCACCUACGACAACGUGUGCCAGCUGACCGAGCAGCGGUACAAGAUGAGGAACGGACUGGAGGCCGCCUCGAGGGGACCCUGCUACACCGCACCCCGUGUGGUGACCCCUCCCGAGAACACCCGUAACCGGACGGGCGGCCGAGCUGCCAUGACGUGCGAGGUGACUGGCUACCCGGUGCCCACCGUCGAGUGGCGCGUCGAUCGCGGGGACGGACCGCUCAAGGCACUGCCAACGGACAGCUCUCGCAUCAGCGUGCAGAGCCGCGGCGGACCGGACAGUUUCGAGGUGACCAGCUGGCUGCAGUUGCUCGACCUGCGCCCCGAGGACACGGCCACCUACUGGUGCGUCGGGGCCAACGAGAACGGAGAGACGUCGGCCGCCGCCAAGCUCAACGUGCUGCCCUAGUUGUUACACACACA